AGAGGCAGCGCACGGCGCGGCGGCAUCGCUAGAGCAGCAGCAGCGAACCUGGCAGGCGAGCGGGUGGGGACGCGGCGGCAGCAGCCAGCCUGCCUGUCUAGCGCGAGGUGCAAAACUUCAGCUUUUGAAGAGGAAUACGUAUAUAAAUACUUCUAAAUAGUGUUUGUCACCCACCAAAAUCUCACCAUGGUGAUCAUGUCAGAUUAUACAGUUGUCCCCACCUCAAACCAAAGCCAGCAAAGGCCUCUUCGAGUUGGAUUCUAUGAUAUUGAGAGGACCUUGGGAAAAGGCAAUUUUGCUGUAGUAAAACUGGCUCGGCACAGAGUGACCAAAACGCAGGUUGCAAUAAAAAUUAUAGACAAAACACGGCUAGAUCCAAGUAAUUUGGAGAAAAUCUAUCGUGAAGUUCAGAUAAUGAAGCUUUUGAAUCACCCCCAUAUUAUUAAGCUGUAUCAGGUUAUGGAGACAAAAGAUAUGCUUUACAUUGUGACAGAAUUUGCAAAAAACGGAGAAAUGUUCGAUCACUUGACUUCUCAUGGCCACCUGAGUGAGAGUGAAGCUCGAAAGAAGUUCUGGCAGAUUCUUUCAGCGGUUGAAUAUUGCCACAGUCACCACAUAGUACACAGAGACCUCAAGACAGAGAACCUGCUGUUAGAUGCCAACAUGAACAUCAAGCUUGCAGAUUUCGGGUUUGGAAAUUUCUACAAAUCUGGCGAGCCUCUCUCUACAUGGUGUGGAAGCCCACCCUAUGCAGCCCCUGAAGUUUUUGAAGGAAAGGAAUAUGAAGGUCCUCAUCUUGAUAUAUGGAGCCUUGGUGUGGUGCUCUACAUUCUUGUCUGUGGCUCUCUGCCAUUUGAUGGGCCUAAUUUACCAACUCUAAGGCAAAGAGUGCUGGAGGGACGAUUCCGCAUUCCCUACUUCAUGUCUCAAGACUGUGAAACGCUCAUUCGACGGAUGCUGGUUGUGGACCCUACAAAACGAAUCACAAUUGCCCAAAUAAAACAGCACAAAUGGAUGCAGGCAGAUCCUUCUCUUCAGCAGCAGCAGUGUUUAUCAUUCUCUAUACAAAACUACAACUCCAAUCUGGGUGACUACAAUGAACAAGUCCUUGGGAUUAUGCACAGUCUUGGCAUUGAUAGACAGAGAACAGUUGAGUCCCUACAGAAUAGCAGCUACAACCAUUUUGCUGCAAUUUAUUACCUUCUCUUGGAGCGCCUCAAAGAGUACAGAAGCAAUCAGUUGUCAAAUCGUCCAGUAAAUGGCCGUCAGCAAAGGCCACGGAGCUCAGACUUCAGCAACAUUGAGUUGCCUCAGGACAGUUUUGCCAGUGAGACAUUGAGAUCAUCUCUGCUUUAUCAGCAUCCACAGAAUCUGAUUCAGUCACCAUUGCAGGCAGAAAUGGAUUGUGACAUAAGCAACCCAUUACAGCCUGUGUUCUUUCCUGUGGAUCCGAACUUCAACAGCCUCUUUAGGAAUCGCUCAAUCUCUCCAAACAGCCUGCUGGAAACCACCAUCAGUGAGGAAGUCAGGCAGGACAAGGAACUGGAGGAGGAAAUUAAAGCCUUUAACCCAGUGCGCCUUCCCAUCAACACAAGCCGAAGGCACACACUGGCUGAAGUCACAACCCAUUUUUAUCAGAGCUCUCCACCAUGUAUAGUGAUUUCUUCAUCCACAAGCCCCACAGAAGGAAGAAGUUCUGACAGCUGCCUCACUUCAUCAUCAAAUGAUAGCUCUAUGACUCCGAGCAAUUGUUUGGAAGAUCAAAUGAUGCUUGGUCACCCAGGCACAGCCAGAGUCACAUCAUCAUUUCUGACUUCUCAGUCAGACACACCAGUAUUGCAGACUCAGGGCUGCAUGGGUGAUGCUUCUCUGUUGCCUGUCAGCUUCCAGGAAGGAAGGAGAGCAUCCGAUACCUCAUUAACUCAAGGCUUGAAGGCAUUUAGACAGCAGCUGCGGAAGAAUGCUAGAGCCAAGGGUUUUCUGGGACUGAAUAAAAUCAAAGGGCUUGCUCGCCAGGUGUGCCAGUCAUCAUCUGCUCGGAUAGCCCGUAACAGCAUGAGUCCUUUCCAGCAUUCUCAGCCAAAUGCCUGUGUUUAUGGUAGUGGGGGAAAUGGUGGCGGCAGCAGCUGCAGUGAGAGCAGGAACAUGCUUGAAGAGGUGCUUCAGCAGCAGAGAAUGCUUCAGUUACAACAUCACCAGGCAGCCUGUCACCAGCCUUCUCAGGUGUCUCAAUCACACACCAUCAGCUUGUUUGACACAAAAGGCAGUAAAUCAUCCACUUCCCUCCUCCUGUCUGAACUGCAAAGUGAGAACUCAUCAGAAUUGGCCUUUGGCAACACCCAGCUUCUUCGGUCCCACCUUUUUAGUGUUGGCGCCUCUCCAGUGUCUUCAGCUGCUCAUCUUCUAGACACUCAUCUGCACAUCAGCAACAACCCAUCCCCCAUUGCCUCCAUGUUUUCUCAGCAGAAUAACUUUACUGUGCAAUCUCCAGCCUACGAUGCCAUCAGUUUGCGGCAUGGGGACUUUGAAAUGGAGGAUCUCACUUCUGCCCAGAUGGGGAAAUUCGUCAUGGUCAAAUGAGAAGUGUUCGUGUUCUUUGCAUUAAUGCAUCUCUUUUGGGACAGAAUUCCACUCCUACUAAGAUCUGAGGAAGGGUGAUUGACUGUAUUUUGCAACAGUGAAUUUUGCAACAGUGAAUAACUCGCAGAAGCAAUAACAUGUUUGAAGUAUGUGAAGAGACCAUUUGGCUCAGUAAUGCUCCUAACUCUAUAGAACUGAUAAAAAAGCAAUAUAUAUGUUUUUUGGCUUCAACAAUCCUUGCACUGAACAAAUAUAAUGAGAAACAGAAAGGAAAACCUUAAAAAAAAAUAAUGACAGGGAAUGGGGAUGGGUGGGUGGGGCCAGGGGGAACUUUUCUGGUACUGUAUUAAGGUUAGGCCAAUACAGCUCUGCUGUUAUGCAAGACUUCAAAGGUUGUCAGUGGUUGUGGCAUGGCAGGGAAUGGCUUUUUCAAAGAAGGGACCAGAGCCGCCCUAUUCACAAUAUUUAUUUUAUGGAUUUGUGAAGAUGCUUACCUCUUUCUUAAAAAAACAAAACACAAAGUGCAGAAGCAGCAAGUAACGUGCAGAGAUAGACGAACAAUAGUGAAAGCAUUUUGAUGCUUGUUUUAAAGGAACCUAUACCUCUUCUGCUUAUUUCCCCCCCCCCACUCAAACAUUUGUACCUUAAGAGAAAACUGUGAACUUUUUGCUUAGUAUCUCAGACAUAACAGCUAAAAAUAGUUUGUAGUCAUCAUUAGCAAUUAAUUUACUCUCUUGGGAUGGCUGUUCCCUGUUAUCAGGCUACAGAUUGCUUUCAUGUUGCCUUUGUUCUGAAAUGAUAGGAAUAUUUUAUAUAUUGGCAUGGAGUUACUGAUAUUAUUGCGGCAGUGAUGGGAAGACUUUUAAAAGAAUGUUAUUCUAGUGGUUUUUUUAACUUCCCAUCCCCCCCAAAGCCCUAAUAUUGUUUUGAGGUUGCCUAUGGGUUUUUUUCAGUGCUGUAUACAUUUAUUGCCGCUGCUAAUGAGGGUUUUUUUUUUAAUGCAUUUCAUUAUCAGGGUCCAAACUGAACCAACUCAUUUGGGAAAAGUGCAAUAUUCAGAUUUUUUGACAACUAGACUGACAGUUGAAAGGAAGAGAAUAGCACAAAGUGAUACUCUACAAAUACAGUCUUUUUAUGAACAAGCUAGUUAAACUGAGUCAGAUAGCACAAGUUCUGGGUUUUGUUGUUUUGCAUACAAAUAGGUAAGUUUUUAUAGGCUUUUUUAUGUGUGGGAUGUGUGUGUGUGUGCAUGUGCACAUGUGUAUAGGAAUUGGAAGACACUAUACACUACUUCUUGGGGUUUGAAAUAAGCUUCAAUAAUUUUCUGGCAUUGGCUCCCUCUGACCAGAAAAUGGCUUCCAUUGGUGAUAAUGGAAGCCAGGCCUGGACAUCACAGGGGUGAGGGAGACCACAGUGUGACCUCCUUUGACCUUGCAGCAGUUAGCUAGUGGCAAAGGAGAAGGGAGGUCAAAUUUCUGUAGCAGGUGAGCAAGUAGCGAGCCAGCUUGGUCCAAAAAUACCAUUCUGAUGUUUAAAACCAGCUUCAUUCUGUCUAAUAUGUUAAGGACCCAUUUCUUUAAAUGUAACACAGGGGUGCCUUCAAGUUACUACUGCUUCUUGCAGCCUGCAGUGUUAUAUAUGUGUAAAAAAAAAGGUAUUUUUAAGCAAAUAAGCCAAAGACUAUCUUGUCUGUCUGUCGGGUAGAUUGGGGUGGGGAGGGGGGAAAUAGACGAUAAUGUUAUGUGGCUCUGUCUGUGGCUCUUCAACCUCUUUAUGUACAGGAUCAAUAUCGAUGUGUCUUCAGCUUGAUGCUGCUGCUAUGUGGUCUGGGAUCUUCAAGGUGAAAGGAAAUUAUCUCAUUCCCUCUGACUGGUGCCUUUUGAGCAGAGGAAGCACCAGAGGUUCCUGGCUUGGUCUGUGGUUAGUAGUAGUGACAAAAAUGAGUGAGGCAAGAUUGUUACAAAGCAGCAAUGUUGCCUUCAUUUUCGUAAAGUAGCACAUAUAGUUUUAACAACUCUUUCCUUUUUCCCUUUUCUGUCUAAUCCCCCCCCCAGUGUCAUAGAUCAAGUGGCCACAAAAACAAUGUCUGUUUCUUGUUCUGAGCAAUGAAAAGCACUUUACUUUCAGAGAACCCUUUCCCCUCCAUUUCUGUGUGAUUAUAGAAAAAUAGUUUGAAACUAUUCCAAAAUAGAAAAAGGUCAUUUUCAACAUUUCAGGGUUUGUGUGUUGUUGUUUUUUGGGGGAGGGGGUAGAGUUCUUUGACAGUGCUGUUCUGCAGAUUGCAGUGCAAUAGAUUAUUUAAAGAUGCUAUGUGAUUGUUUUAAUUAAGAUGUAUAGUUUUUAUUUUUUAC